GAAACUAAUAGUUAGGCACCAGCAAGAUGUCGCGACGCGGUGAUGGCAGCUUAUUCAUUGGCAGGCUGAGUAAAAAUACUCAACCUCGACACUUAGAAGAUGUGUUUGAGCCAUAUGGGCGAUUAAUAAGAUGCGAUGUCAAAUAUGCAGGUGCAGAGAUGGCUUAUGGUUUUGUUGACUAUGAGGACAGAAGAGAUGCAGAGGAUGCUUUAAAAUAUGAAAAUGGGCGCGAGAUUUGUGGGUCCAGUAUUCGAGUAGAAUGGGCAAAAGGAAAUCCAAGAAGACCAUAUGCAGCAUCAUCAAAUAGAGGAGGUGGUAUGUAUGAUGAGUGUUACCGCUGCCACAGAACUGGUCACUUUGCACGGGAUUGUCCCAAUGACAGCUCUUAUGGUUUCCGUCGCUCCAGAGGAGGAGAGGGAGGGGGUAGGGGCAGCAGUGGAGGGGGAGGAGGACGAUAUGGGUCUCGCCGCAGAAGCAGAUCUCGAUCUAGAUCCCCUUACAAAAGACGAAGAUCUUACUCCAGAAGUCGCAGCAGAAGUAGGGACAGGAGGCGAUCCAGAUCAGCAAGUGGAGAUAGACGCAGAAGUCGUUCAAGGAGUGCAUCAAAAUCUCGCAGUCGCUCCAGAUCCAUCAGUCGUUCAAAGAGCCGAUCACCAAUCAACGAGGGCGGGGAUGCCAAGGCAGGGUCGAGAUCCCGCAGUCCCCCCUCUGACCACGAGUAGUGCGCGUGUGUUGAGGGAGGAGUCAGAGACGGGGCAUCAUCUUUUAUACUUCACAAACAUUCAUUGUGCUCUGUGUUUUGGCAUUUUUUAAAUGAAAUAAUCUCACCAUUUUAGGAAACAUAUCUUCAUGUGAAUAUUUUAAAGUAUGUUUUGCUGACAUUGUUUCUUAAAUAAAAAAAAAUGUUAUGUGUGUCGUGAA